UGUGUAAAGAGAGUGUAUGUGAGCCUAUGCAUGCGCGUGUGUAUGUAUCACAGUGUGUGGAGAGCAGAUCGAGAUACAGUAGUAACCCAGAGUGAGGUGGCAGUCUUAUUCCACAUCGACACCGACUUGCCCUGCAUGCGUCCUGUCUGCCUUUACAUCGCUGUGCGCACUUGAGGAGUAAAAGAGAAAAGAGUCAAGAUGGCAACUGGAAGUGGCUGUGGACAAUCCGGGAUUUAGUCUUUUCUGUAUUUUGAGGUUUUUUGUGCGAUCAAGUGACCGGCCGUGCAAGGCGUGAAUAACUGAAGUUUUUCUCUGGACUUAUCUGCUAUAGAAUUAGCAACAAAGGACGGGAGCGCGCAUUCAUGGGAUGCGACUUUGACAGCUCUUCAUUUCUUGUCCUGUAACUUUAUUACCUGGCAGCGGGGGCGAGAUUGUGAUUGGAGCCGGAGAGAAUGGCUGAGGCUCCGCUCCCCGACACACUCCAGGACCUGGAAGUGGCUAUAGACCCGGACUUUGAGCCCCAAAAGCGGCCAAGGUCUUGCACCUGGCCUCUGCCGAGACCGGACUCGAGCGCGGUGAAGCCGGAGAGCAAUGACACAGAUAUUAUACCCGAGGAAGAGGAUGACGAAGAGGACAGUGCCACCGCGGCUGCCAAUGGCUCUGGCGCGGCGGCAGAAGAUCAGAGUAGCAACAGUCCCAUUGCCGAUGGAGCGCUCUCCUCACCCGGCCAGGAGAGCGGUGGCUCCCCGCUCUCCACACACUCCCCGACGGCCACCCCUGGCGCUGUGAACCCCAGCAGCUUGUCUGCCGUGCAGACCCCAAGGAAAACAUCAUCUCGCCGUAACGCCUGGGGGAAUCUCUCCUACGCCGACCUGAUAACCAAAGCCAUUGAGAGUUCACCAGAAAAGAGACUGACACUGUCCCAGAUUUAUGAGUGGAUGGUGAGAUCCAUCCCUUACUUCAAAGACAAAGGCGACAGCAACAGCUCCGCAGGAUGGAAGAAUUCCAUCCGACACAACUUAUCCCUCCACAGUCGUUUCAUCCGUGUUCAGAAUGAGGGAACAGGAAAGAGUUCUUGGUGGAUGAUCAAUCCAGAAGGAGGAAAGGGUGGCAAGGCUCCACGGCGCCGGGCAGUCUCCAUGGACAACAGCAACAAGUACACCAAGUCCGCCCGCGGCCGCGCUGCCAAGAAGAAGGCAGCCCUGCAGGCUGCAGCUGCUGCAGCUGGUGAAGGUGGUGCGGACAGUCCUUCAGGUCUCUCUAAGUGGCCUGGAAGCCCGACGUCACGCAGCAGCGAGGAUCUGGAUGCUUGGACAGACUUCCGCUCUCGCACAAACUCCAAUGCCAGCACAGUGAGCGGUCGCCUCUCACCUAUUCUGGCCAACCCCGAGCUAGACGAGGUGCCUGAUGACGAGCCGCCUCUCUCGCCUAUGCUCUACUCCAGUCCUGGCAGAACACUGUCUCCUGGGAACGCCAAGACGAAUGGGAAGGCUGUGCCGACUGAGCUGCCCCGUUUGGCAGAUCUGGCAGGUACAAUGAAUCUGAAUGAUGGACUCACAGAUGACAUAAUGGAUGAGUUCCUGGAGAACAUCAGCAUGGUGCCAACCACUUCCAGCCAGACUGCACCAAAUGGUUCCUCAGGGUUCAGUUUUGGGUCCAAACCCAAUGGGAUAGCCUCACCUUCCUCCACUUCCUCUCCAUCCUCCAAUUCUUCUUCUAAUGGAAGUGCUAGCUACAGUAACUCCAUCUUCGGCCCCCACACAGCGGGCUCCUCUCUGCGUUCGUCCCCCAUGCAGACCAUCCAGGAGAACAAACAAACGUCCUUCUCCAGCAUCAGCACGACCCGCUUUGGCACCCAGACACUACAAGACCUGCUCAACUCUGACAGUCACAACCAUAGUGAUGUCAUGAUGACCCAGUCAGAUCCAUUGAUGUCACAGGCCAGUGCGGCUGCCCUCAUUUCCCAGAACUCCCGCCGUGGCCUCAUGCUCCGCAAUGAUCCUGUCAUGACUUUUGGGACAACUGGAGGACUUCAAAGCAACCAACAAGAGAUGCUGCGAAGUAACAACCACAAUCACAGCUCUCUGAGGUCUAUAAAUGGAGGCUUGAACCUAGUGAAUGAGGCUAACACUCUGGCUAAUGCCAAACAGCAGCUCCUGCUCUCACCCCUGGGAGGAAAUGGGUCUUCCUCCAUGCAGAUUGACACCUCAAUCUUCCUGAAUGGGACAGUUAGCAGCAAUGGAGGGAACUAUCAGGAUCGUUUCCCCACAGAUCUGGACCUGGACAUAUUCAAUGGCAGCCUGGAAUGCGACAUGGACUCCAUCAUCAGGAACGAUCUUAUGGAUGCAGAUGGCCUGGAUUUUAACUUUGACUCUCUUGCCAACAUGAAUGGAGUCAGCAACUUCACAAACACCAAGCAGACCUCUCAGAGCUGGGUUCCCGGCUGAGAGAGUGGGAGCAGAGCAGGUCUGACCUGUGUGGUGCAAGAGAAGAUCAGACACACAACAUCCUUUUUUGCCAAACCUGCCAUCAGCACAAUGUAAAAUAACCAACCCUGUGUUUACAGAAGAAGACUUCCUCUUGAGAGCUUUACCUUCGCUCCCACACUGGUGAACCAUGAACGAUCCUGCAGACUCAAGAGAUGCUGCACAUGAGCCCUCGAAGCUUCUUGUGAAACGACAACAACAACAUCGAAAGCUACAUCUAACAAUCACAAGAAACUCACAAAUCUUAGAAUUAUGCAAUUUUCCUUUGGCACCCAGUCUGCUGAUAUCAAAGAGACACUGCUUAUCAAAAAGGGGUUUUCAGGUGGAAAUUGAGGACUAAAUAGCAAGCAAAGAAUCGAAGGAGAGCACGGUGCAGGUGUUCCCACUGAAGUGUAAAGAGAAAAAAAACAAGACGUGUUGUGGUGUAAAUCAGAUCCAGUGGUUUCCUGAGACGUGUUAUACUGAAAAAGAAAUUCCCACUGUUCUAAGUAAUUUUAAAUGUCCUGUGUUGUUGGGUUUUUUUGAGUUCCUGUUUUAUCAUAUGUUUCUUAAUCAUACAUGUCUGUAGAGAAAGAGUCAGUGUACUGGUGAAAUGAAAAGGUGGAAAUGGGAGUGUCUUACUCACUGAGUGGCAACUUAUUCAGUCCAUGCAAACACACGUGUAGAGAAACUGAAAGGUUGCCCCAGAUUGCGAAAUCUCUAAAACCCCAGAAGUUUAAAUUCCUCAAUUUAACACAAUGCACUUGCUGUUUUCUAUAUUAUAUGAUGCAUGACUUUGAAAUAACAGCAGCAUACUGAGGGUUAUAUUAUGAUUAGACGAUUGCUUCAGCUUUUGUUUUAUCCUUGUAUAUAUCAAAAGACUAGAGGAAGAAAAUUUCUGGCACAGAAAAGUGCAGGGCAGGUAAAAAUUCAAGAAGGAAAAGAUCUUGUAUGUCUUCUCAUUGCUUUCCUAACUUCUGGUGAGUUCUGUUGAGGUCAUUUAUCACAGCAUUCGAUGUAGCCAAAACAAAAACCUGUGUCCGAGGGUUGUGAACAUUUCCACACCACAACAGGUGCUAUAUAAACAGUGUUGAAUCCUGUCCUGAGAGGAAGCUGUGCAUAUUUUCUUUUCUUUUUUUUUUCUGUUUUUACCCAAAACCCACAGAAGCCUAGAGCUGCGGCCACUUGUAGCAUGAUAAGUUUGAGCAAAGGGAGAAGGUUGUUGUCUUUUUUUUUUCUUUUUUAGGCUCAUUCCUCUAGAAGCCAUUUGUUUCUUGAUUAAAACAAUAAGCUAUCUCUGUAUAUUGCCAAAUUACUUGAAAUAAACAGUAGGAUAUGCUGGCAGCCAAAUGACAGCACACACAUUUAUGCACACACUUAAAAUACACACACACACACACACAGGAAAAAAAAAAAGCAAAAAUAGCAGGGAUCCGUGUUAAGCUCUGCUGGUUUCUUGUCGUGCGAUUGUGGGGCUUGUUAUGCAUAUACAGAAUCACUCAGGGGGUGAGGAAGGAAGGCUUUCCAUUUAAGAAACGUCAAGUCACAUUCGAGUAGUAUUUUAACGUUUCUUGGGGGGAAAAAACAUAUUUUCUUUGUGUUUCUGAACUUGUAACCUGUGAACUUUUGGCCACCAGGAUGAAGAAUUAGAAGGACGAUAAAUGUCAGGAUUAUUACUUCACACAGUCUGUUGUUUUUUGGUUUUGUUGUCAUAGCUUUUUUCUCCUCUUGUUUGACUCUUGACACACACACACACACACACACACACACACACACACACACACACACAGAUCCCCUCGUGGACACGCCUGGUGCUCCUGCAGGUGACUUCCUGUAUCUCCUAAAUACAUGUUAACGUGUGUACGUGUUUAUCGAUGGAGUUUUAUUUCAGCUGAAUUAAUCUCACGAGGGUUUGUAGCUCCUCGCGGUGCAUACAGAACAGCUGACUGUAUGCAUGUAUGUAUUUAUGCAUUAUGAACCGUGUGAAAUGCAUAUUUACUCGCUGUAUGUCCUUAUAUGCUCAUGUAGUACUUGACCCUUGGGGUUUGUGAUACCUCUGAAUUUGAAGAAAUAGCAAAUACAUCAUGCGCCGGGUAAGGAGGGAACACUGUUACCAGCAAUUUUAAUUGUUGAACCAGAUUUUGGAAAUGGUGGAAGGCACCAUUGUUGUAGCGUCUGGAGACCCCUUCUCCAUUUGGGGGCAGUGACAUGAAGUGUAUUCCCUGUCAUGUAUAUCAGUGUACAGAUUCGUGUAUGUCUCUUUGAAGCCAAGGAAGGAAGGAGGAGUGGGUGUGCAUGGUUGGCUAGAAUGGUCUGUUGUACUGAGGUUUAGCGCAUGAGCUAGCUGGACCUUUCUCAACCGGAAAGGAACACUGUGUUUUUAGUGCUAAAACACUCUGUUCCUUUAAAAAAAUAAAAAUAAAUUAAAAAGUAAUAAUCAGGGCUUAAAGAGGAGCACUUGCACCAUCCUCCAAUAUUAAUGGGUUCAUUAUUAUAAACCCAUUACACUGACGUAGUGAAAAUGUCAGCAAGCUGGAAUUACCAACACCUUGCUACAUCUAAAAUUUCCAGAACACUAUCUGUCUUUUCUGUUGUCAGGCGGACUCCUGAGCCAUCACCUGAACUGCUAAGCAUUUGAAUUCAUCUACACUGUCUCUACUAAAAAUUACUUACUCCUGUGAAGACGACAGGCAAAGUGAAAUCCGGGGAACGCAGUCAUCUUUGAAAAGAGCUCUUAUCGAUUCGGGAAAUAUCAAAUCUCAAAGGCGUUCCUAACAUUAUGUGCACUCGGCUCGGUGUAAAAAUGCAUCGACUCUUUUGGCGGGUAGUUUUCACAUAGUCAUGGCUGAGCAUGCCUUUCACAAAACCACUGCUUCAUUCAGGCACAGAUGACCUCCUCUCAUGCUCGACACACACGCGCAGAACAAAAUGUGCUGGUUUAAAGCUGAGAAAAGCAAAAAUAGACACAUACCACUAGAAACCUUAAUCACCUCUUUUCUUUAUAUUAUCUUCUUAUGAGUCCUUCCAUCCUUGUUAAGAAGCCCAGGCCAGCUCCCUUUCAUACACACUCUGAACUUUUCCCUUUGAACUUUUGCUCUUUAUUAAUCUUGCUUAUUCUCAACUUAAUGUUAGUGGGUAUUUUCCUGUGUAUUACAUUUUGAAUUUUGAAGUUUGUAUAAGAAAUAGUGCGCAUGUAAAUAAAGCUUGGUGAGGCUCCACACAC